ACUACCUCUUGUGAAAUAAAGAAAUGGAUGGGAUGGAUGAAACAUCUAAAAGAAUCCUAGAGCCAUACCAGUACUUACUUCAACUACCAGGUAAGCAAGUGAGAACCAAACUGUCACAGGCCUUUAAUCACUGGCUGAAUGUUCCGGAAGAUAAAAUACAGGUUAUCAUUGAAGUGACGGAGAUGCUGCACAAUGCAAGCCUGCUUGUGGAUGAUAUUGAAGAUAACUCAAAGCUACGACGGGGCUUUCCAGUGGCACACAGUAUCUAUGGAAUUCCAUCUGUAAUCAACUGUGCUAACUAUGUGUAUUUCCUUGGCUUAGAGAAGGUUUUAACCCUUGAUCAUCCAGAUGCUGUUAAAGUUUUUACCCGUCAACUUCUGGAACUCCAUAAAGGUCAAGGCUUGGAUAUUUACUGGAGGGAUACUUACACUUGUCCCACGGAAGCUGAAUAUAAAGCUAUGGUACUGCAGAAGACAGGUGGUCUCUUUGGAUUAGCUGUAGGCCUCAUGCAGCUAUUCUCGAAUUAUAAAAAAGACUUAAAGCCACUUCUUAACACACUUGGCCUCUUCUUCCAAAUAAGAGAUGACUAUGCCAACUUGCACUCCAAAGAAUAUAGUGAAAACAAGAGCUUUUGUGAAGACUUAACCGAGGGCAAGUUCUCAUUCCCAACCAUUCAUGCAAUUUGGUCAAGACCUGAAAGUACUCAAGUGCAAAACAUUUUACGUCAAAGGACAGAGAACAUAGAUAUAAAGAAAUACUGUGUACAUUACCUGGAAAAUGUGGGUUCCUUUGAGUACACUCGGAAUACAUUGAAAGAGCUUGAGUCUGAAGCCUAUAAACAAAUUGAAUCACUUGGGGGAAAUCCUGAGCUUGUAGCACUAGUUGAGCAGCUGAGCAAAAUGUUCAAAGAAACUGAAAAUUAAGAAAAAAUAACUUCUGGGGAUGGAUUAAAACUCUCUUUAAAAUGGGGAAAUAACCAGACUGACUGAGAGGUGUGAUAAUCAGUCUUGCUUAACUCUUUCUUUUUUAGCCAUAUUACAGAAAGUACUGUUAAAAACAAGUUGCCACUGCGUAUUGAAAUAUACACUGGUAUUUAUACAGUCUUAAUUGUAACUGCUUACAGAUGGUGCUGUUAAAGCAGAUGGACUAGAACUGAAACAAGUUUUGAAUCUACAUGUGAUCAUCUUUACACAAUCAGCAGCAUU